CCAACAGCCUCUCAGUUCAGAGGGAAAGCUUUUCUUCUCACAGCAGCAGCGGGGAUUUUCUGCCUGCACACGCCGGAUAUUCAUCCUAUUAAAAAACACACUCACGAUUGAAAGCUGCGAGAGAAGGACACUUUCCUGGGUUGUGUAUCCCUCCCCGUCCCACCUCUCUGAUUUGGGCCGUCGUUGCUUUUCUUCCAUUUUUGUUUUUUUAUUUUUUUCCCUCCUGACUGUCUCUGUGGCGCACUCAGGUUUCUUUUGCUGACAUGGUAGAUUAUCACGCUGCCAAUAAUCAACCCUCGGCCGGAGGGGUCCAGACCUACAUGGAGCAAGAGAAUGACUGGGACCGGGACCUGCUGCUGGACCCGGCCUGGGAGAAACAGCAGAGAAAGACGUUCACGGCAUGGUGUAACUCCCACCUGCGGAAGGCUGGCACGCAGAUCGAAAACAUCGAGGAGGACUUCAGGGAUGGGCUCAAGCUCAUGCUGCUGCUGGAGGUCAUCUCAGGCGAACGGUUACCCAAACCUGAGCGAGGCAAGAUGAGGGUCCACAAGAUCAACAACGUGAACAAAGCCCUGGACUUCAUCGCCAGCAAAGGAGUCAAACUGGUCUCCAUUGGAGCAGAGGAAAUCGUGGACGGAAAUGCCAAGAUGACCCUGGGAAUGAUCUGGACCAUCAUCCUCCGCUUCGCCAUCCAGGACAUCUCUGUAGAAGAGACCUCUGCGAAGGAGGGUCUUCUGCUGUGGUGCCAGAGGAAGACCGCUCCCUACAAGAAUGUCAACGUGCAGAACUUCCACAUUAGCUGGAAGGACGGUCUCGCCUUCAACGCUCUGAUCCACAGACACAGACCUGAUCUCAUCGAUUAUGACAGCCUCAGAAAGGAUGACCCGGUGACAAACCUGAACAACGCCUUUGAGGUAGCUGAGAAGCACCUGGAUAUCCCCAAGAUGUUGGACGCAGAAGACAUUGUGAACACUGCUCGUCCAGAUGAGAAAGCCAUUAUGACUUAUGUGUCCAGUUUCUACCAUGCCUUCUCUGGAGCACAGAAGGCUGAGACAGCUGCAAAUCGUAUCUGCAAAGUGCUGGCUGUCAACCAGGAGAAUGAGCAGAUGAUGGAGGACUACGAAAAACUGGCCAGCGAUCUGCUGGAGUGGAUCCGUCGAACCAUCCCCUGGCUGGAGAACCGAACCCAGGAAAAGACCGUGAAUGACAUGCAGGCGAAACAGGAGGACUUCAGAGACUACCGCUGUGUCCACAAACCACCCAAGGUCCAAGAGAAAUGCCAGCUGGAGAUCAGCUUCAACACUCUGCAGACUAAACUGAGACUCAGCAACAGACCCGCCUUCAUGCCAUCAGAAGGACGCAUGGUGUCUGAUAUCAAUGGAGCGUGGCACACUCUGGAAGGAGCAGAAAAAGGCUACGAGGAGUGGAUUCUCAGUGAGAUCAGACGUCUGGAGAGACUGGAACAUUUGGCCGAGAAGUUCCACCAGAAGGCUGCCAUCCAUGAAUCCUGGACAGAUGGUAAGGAGGCCAUGCUGACCCAGAAAGACUAUGAGACCUCCACCCUGUCAGAAGUGAAGGCGUUGCUACGGAAACACGAGGCCUUUGAGAGCGACCUGGCAGCCCAUCAGGACAGAGUGGAGCAGAUCGCCGCCAUCGCACAGGAACUCAACGAACUGGAUUACUACGACUCAGCCAGUGUCAACGCUCGCUGUCAGAAGAUCUGUGAUCAGUGGGAUGUCCUGGGAGCCCUCACCCAGAGCCGCAAAGAGUCACUGGAGAGGACAGAGAAGCAGCUGGAGUCAAUAGACGAGCUUUACCUGGAGUACGCCAAGAGAGCGGCGCCCUUCAACAACUGGAUGGAGGGAGCGAUGGAGGACCUGCAGGACAUGUUCAUCGUCCACAAUAUUGAGGAGAUCCAGGGUCUCAUCACAGCCCAUGAGCAGUUCAAGUCCACCCUGGCAGAGGCCAACAAAGAGCGAGAGGCCAUCCAGUCCAUCCAGGCCGAGGUGCAGAAGAUCGCCCAUAGCAACGGCAUCAAGCUGAGUGGAGGAAACCCCUACACCACCAUCACACCUGAGAGCAUCGACAGCAAAUGGGAGAAGGCGAUGGACAUGGUGCCGCAGCGUGAUAACGCCCUGCAGGAUGAGCUCAACAAGCAGAAUUCCAACGACACUCUGAGAGCCAAGUUCGCUACUCAGGCCAACACAGUCGGCGCCUAUAUACAGGCCAAAAUGGAGGAAAUUGGCAGGAUAUCCAUUGAAAUGAACGGCACUCUGGAGGACCAGCUCACCAGCCUGAAGGAGUACCAGCAGAACAUCAUGUCUUACAUGCCUGAGAUUAAUACACUGGAGGGAUACCAUCAGCUCAUCCAGGAGGCCCUCAUCUUUGACAACCAAUAUACUUCCUACACAAUGGAGCACCUCCGUGUGGGUUGGGAGCAGCUGCUCACCACCAUCGCCAGAACCAUCAACGAGGUUGAGAACCAGAUCCUGACGCGUGACGCCAAAGGCAUCAGCCAAGAGCAGCUUUAUGAGUACCGCGCCUCCUUCAACCACUUUGACAAGGACCACAGCGGGGCCCUGCAGGCCGAGGAGUUCAAGGCCUGUUUGAUCAGUCUGGGCUACGAUGUGGAGAACGACAAGCAGAAGCGGUCAGGACAGAUGGUCUCAGAUGAUUUCCGGGCUCUACUCAUUUCAACAGGAAACAGCCUGGGCGACAGUGAGUUCGCUCGCAUCAUGGGCAUAGUGGACCCCAACGGCAGCGGUGCUGUCACCUUCCAGGCCUUCAUUGACUUCAUGUCCAGGGAAACGACCGACACAGACACCGCAGACCAGGUCAUCGCCUCCUUCAAGAUCCUGGCCGCUGAUAAGAAUUUCAUCACGGCCGAAGAGCUGAGGAGGGAGCUCCCCCCUGACCAGGCGGAGUACUGCAUCGCCCGCAUGGCACCCUACAAGGGACCAGACGCCGCCCCCGGAGCUCUCGACUACAUGUCCUUCUCCACCGCUCUGUACGGAGAGAGCGACCUGUAGAGGAGGCAAGAGGAAGAGAAGGGCUGGACAAACAAGGGAGGGAAGGAGGGAGGGAGAGAAGGAAGAGAGGAGGGAGGUAGAGAGUUACUCUGUGCGUAGGGAAGACGCCAGGAAUCGAGCGUUUGGAAGAAUUUGAGUGGUGGUUGUGAGGUGCCCCUGUGUGUGCCGGUUUCAAAAUCAUCAGAAAGUUUUAAGACUCUGAGCUUGUUGAUUGAACCGUAGUUAGGUUUGGCCUCUGUCGAAUGUUUUUCAGCUGCGUUCAUGUCAUAACUGGAUCAAUUUGUCAUAAAGGUUUAUAUGAGCAGGCAUAUCCAGGGGCAGCUGGGAUGACAGUUGCUCUGUAGUGCGGGUCCUUAGCUUCACCCUCUCUGCCUGUCAAACUGGGGAGGGACUGGGGGAGGGAGGGCACAAGCUAAUCUGAUACUUAUGCUAAUUUUUGUUUAUUUUAUUAUUAUUUCUUUCUUCUUGCCAGGGUGUUCAGGGCAUAUGGUGGGGGACGGGAGGGGGGCGGGGGGGGUUUGAUGUGGCGACUGGCGAGGUUUGUGUAUUAGAUCCUAGAGAGAUAUAUGCUGCGGGGGGGGGGGGUUUUCCAACCAGUGAUAAAAUUACAUAUUUACCCAUAAUUCCCAUGUUGCUGGAUAAGGUUACCUGUCUAACCUCAGCUCUUUCCCUCCUCCUGUCUUUGUUUAUUUCUUUUUGUUCAUUUUCUGGAGCAGGUGGGUGGUGGUAGGGGGCGUCGGGUGGGGAUGGUGGCCGGUGCUGGGGGGGAAGGGCGGGGCUCAGCGCUGUACAUACUUAUUUUUUUCAGAGCAAAGAAUGACACACAGUCCCACUUGUUGAGAAUAAUCGAUCGCAGGCUUUCCAGUAGGGCAAAAUAGAGUGACAUUUAUUUAAAAAGAAUAAAUAAAUAAAAAGAUAAAACACGGAAAAAUAAAAGCCAAUGAUAGCAACACAGAGAGAGCAGUUUCACCAGUGGAUAGGUUUGAGCUUCCAGAAGUCUUUUCUUCAGGGUUUUUUUCUUUUCUCAAAGGAAAAUAUGGUUGGUAGCCAUGAAGUUGAGGCUUGUGUACCUAAAGACCUUCUCCUGUAUAAAUCCCACGACAGGCAACACCAUAAUUAUCCACAAAUAUUUGCUUCUGUGAAACUAUUCUCCUCCUGGGGUGGGCUACAGGUGCUUAUUUAAAUACAAAUACUAUACAUUUAUAUGAAAGGCAGGAUUGUAGUAGUCAAAGUUAGUCCAGUUUUAUAUUCACACAGAAAUAUAUACAUGUCAUGUCAUAGAUGCAUCUGAUUGGCUGAAUGAAGGUCUCUCGCACUUUCUGGAUUUUUAGAGCUCCCCCUGUGACUUUUGGAAAAGUGGUGGAAAUAAUAAAAUAACAUGCUUAUUGGUGGCUACAGCCCUGUCCCUCUCUCUCUGUCUUUCUCUCUCUCUAACUCACUCUCCCGCGUCCUCCCCCUUCACUCGCCCAUCCCCUCAUUCGUCUCUGAAGAAAAGGGAAAGAAAAUUUACUGCAAGGAAAGAGGGAGGGGAAAGAUCGGGGAGGGGGUCUGUAUGUAAACAUUCCAUUAUGUGCAAAUAAAAACUAUUAAAAAAAAAGGAAAUUGUUAUGUAAUAAAAACUAUGCAAUCAUAAUGUGUUGAAUAUCUGGGGAAAGUCGUGGGCAUCCAUCAGGCCCUUUCUGAGAACGUCCCCUGUCGAAAUUAAACAGAGGAUUACAGAUUUCUCCAGUAUUUGUUGGCUGUUACGGGGGAGAGGAGGGGGAGAUGGAGGGAGGGACAGACAGGGAAGAAACUGAGAAGAAAAGACUUGGACCAAAAGCGUGUUUCUUUUUUUUCCUUUCUCUUUUUUUCCCUGCGAGGUUGGAGAGAAAUGAACUCUGGAAUUGUGAUUUUCCUCUUUUUGUACUCUUUAAUAUCAAACCUUAUCUGCUGUACUGGAAACUGCAACGCCUUCUGUCUCUAAUGAUAAGUGAGUUUCACAAAGCACACAUAAAAGUUUCCUUACAAAAUA